UACUGUAAUUAAAGAUGGAUAGCUCCGAAUUUAGCGUGGCAGCAGCAGUUGUGGUGGCAGUAUCAGUAGCAGUAGCAGUAGCAGUGUUGAUGUAUAAACGCAGUAAAAAAGUGUACCUCCUAGACUUCAAAUGCUACCAAGCCCCGUCUCACUACCGCGUGCCCUUCUCGGCCCUGAUGGAGCACCUCCAAAUCAUGGGCCGCUGGUCCUCCGAAGCCAUGGAUUUCCAGAAGAAGGUGAUGGAGCGUUCCGGCAUCGGCAACCAGACCUACCUCCCCGACGGCAUGCAGCAGCUCCCCAUGGACUACUCCCUCUCCGCCACCACCCACGAGAUCCACUCCGUCCUCUUCCAAAUCGUCCACAACCUCCUCUCCGACAACAACGUCCACCCCCGCGCCAUCGACCUCCUCAUCACCAACUGCAGCCUCACCUCCCCCACUCCCUCCCUCGCCUCCAUGCUCGUCAACCGCUUCGGCUUCCGAAGCAACCUCAAGACCUUCAAUCUCGCCGGCAUGGGCUGCAGCGCCGGCAUCCUCGCUCUCCAUCUCGCCAGGGAUGUGCUGCGCGUGCACUCCAACUCCUUGGCUUUGAUCCUCAGCAUGGAGUCCGUCUCUGCCAACUUCUACGAGGGCGAUACCAAAUCCAUGCUCCUCGCCAACUGCCUCUUCCGCAUGGGAGGCGCCGGCGCCCUCCUCUCCAACCGCCCCCGCGAUUCGCCCGCCGCCAAGUACCAGCUCCUCCACGUCGUCCGGACCCACCUCGGGGCCCACACCCCCGCCUACGACGCCGUCGUGCACCGCCCCGACGCCCACGGCCGCACCGGCGUCGCCCUCUCCCGGCUCAUCCUGCAGGUGGCCGGGGAGGCGCUUAGGGAGAACAUGGAGGCGGUGGGGGCGGCGGUGCUGCCGUAUUGGGAGCAGGCGGCGUACGUGUGGGGGUACGUGCCGGAGUUCGGGAAGGCGAUCGACCAUUUCUGCAUCCAUGCGGGGGGGAGGGCGGUGAUAGAGGCGAUCGCGGAGAGGCUGCGGCUGAGGGAGAGGGACGUGGAGGCGUCGAAGAUGACGCUGUGCCGGUUCGGGAACACGUCGUCGUCGUCGACGUGGUACGAGCUGGCAUACUUGGAGGCGAAGGGGAGGGUGAAGAGAGGAGACAAGGUGUGGCAGCUGGCCUUUGGGAGUGGGUUUAAGUGCAACACCGCAGUUUGGAAGUGUGUUUCUCAACCUAGGGUUGGACCUUCCAAUGUCUGGUAUCGUGAAAUUCAUAUGUAUCCUCUUCAACUGCCCAACAUACUCUACUAUUGAACCAUAUAUUCCUAUUUAUAAUAAGCUGCCUCCCAUCUUUCAUCAAAAAUCAGAGAAACCCCUUUUUUUUUAAUUAUUUUCAUAUGUUUAUUAUGAUAAAAAAAAAAAAAAAAACUUCUCCAAGUAUAUGGUGGAAUAUUUU